AUGACAUUUAUGGAGCCACAGGUUGGAUCUUUAAACUGUGAUGUGUUUAUCAACUUCAGAGGGGAAGACACUCGCAAUAUCUUCAUUGGCGACCUUUACACUUCUCUAAAGGCUCAUGGAAUCCACACUUUCAUGGACAGCAAAGAUCUGCGGCAAGGAGAAGCAAUUGGGGAGCUUCUCAAUAUAAUAAAAGGUGCCAAGCUCUCGAUUGCUAUCUUCUCUCGGAGAUACGUAGAAAGCAAAUGGUGUCUUCAGGAGCUAUCUCAGAUGGUGGAAUGUCAUAGAACCAAUGGUCAAAUCAUUUUACCCAUUUUCUUCAAGGUUGAGCCAUCAGACGUUAAGAAUCAGAGUGGAUGUUUUCAGAUUUCAUCUCGGAGACAUAGCAGAGAGGAGACCCAAACUCUAUCCAGAUGGAAGGAAGCUUUGCAAGCCGUAGGAAGCAUAAGUGGAUGGGUUAUUGACGAUAGGGAUGAUCAAUCAGAGGUAGUUGAGAAGGUUGUUAAAAAUGCUUGGAUCCAAUUAAAUAAGGUCCCCUUGAUUGAUGUUAAAAACUCUGUUGGGCUACAAUCUCGCAUAGAAUCUGUAUUAUUUCUACUAUCAAAUACAUCAAAUACCAACUCUGAGGAUAUUCAGUUUCUAGGGAUAUGUGGUCAGGGUGGUAUCGGGAAGACAACUAUUGCGACCGCUGUAUACAAUUGUAUCUCUAAAGAUUUUAGCAAGAGUUGUUUUCUUGAAGACAUUAGGGAGCAAGCAUCACAACCAAAUGGUAUAGUUUGUUUGCAAGAGAAACUUCUUCAGAGUAUCUCUCAGAUGGAAACAAAAAUAAGCAGUUCUAAAGAAGGAUCGAGUUUGAUAAAGGACAAACUUCAAAACAUUAAAACCCUUCUCAUUCUUGAUGAUGUGAAUGAUCGUAACCAACUAAAUGCAUUGGCUGGUGAUCUCAAUUGGUUUGGUCCUAGAAGUAGGAUAAUCAUAACGACUAGAGAUCGGAUCAUUCUAAGUGGUGUCCCUAAAAAUGAUAGAAAAAUAUAUGAGCCCAGAGAAUUGAAUAAGGAAGAAAGUCUCCGACUCUUCAGUUCGCAUGCAUUUUCAAUGGAACAACCUCCUAAUGAUUUUAUGCAGCUUUCAAUUGAUAUAGUACACACUACAAGAGGGUUACCCUUAGCCCUAGAGGUUUUGGGUUCUGAAUUAUCUAUGAUAGAAGAUGAAGAAGCUAAGGAAGUAUGGAAAUCCAUGCUUCGGAUAUUGGAACAAAGUCCUCAUAAGAAUGUCUAUGAAAAGUUGAAGAUAAGCUUUGAUAAUCUUCAAGAUGAUAUUGAGAAAGCCAUGUUUCUUGAUGUUGCAUGUUUAUUCAUAGGAUGGGAGGAAGAAACCGUAAUUUCCAUAUGGGAAGCUUGUGGCUUUGAGCCAAAAUACCGUAUAGAAGUUCUAAAGAGAAAAUCUCUCUUAAAGUUUCGUGAGUUAGGUACAUGGGUGAAGAAAAAGUACUUCUGGAUGCACGAUCAGGUUCGAGACAUGGGAAGAAGAAUUGCUUAUGAUCAAAGGCCUGAGAAUCCUGACAACCAUAGCCGAUUAUGGUCUCAUCACAAUAUCAUGAAGGUAUUAAAUAGUUGCAAGGGGAAUGAAAUGGUUGAAGGUCUCUUGCUGGACUUCAAUACCAAUGAUAAUACUUGUUUACAUGCUAAAGACUUUGAGAAGAUGCCCAAGCUAAGAUUACUACAGAUUGAUGGAGCAAACUUGCAUGGGAGCUUUCAAUGUUUUCCUUCUAGGUUAAGAUGGCUCAGAUGGCAUAGUUGUCCAUUGGAAACACUACCUACCAAUUUUUAUCAUGAAGACUUAGUUAUGCUCGACUUAAGUUUUGGCAUGUUUAGCGAAGCUUGGAACCACUGGCAUGAAAAUAAGCUGUUUCAACGAUUGAAAGUUCUUAAACUCAGUCAUUGCUGUUAUCUGUCUAAAUCUCCAUACUUCUCUGGAUUUCCUUGCUUAGAGAGGUUGUAUCUUUAUUAUUGUGAUGCAUUGGUUAAUUUGCAUGAGUCCAUCGGGGAACUUCAGCAGCUCGUUUACUUGAACUUGGGAUAUUGCAAGUCACUUGAGAAACUCCCAAACAGUGUAUGUAGGUUGAGAUCUCUUCAGAACCUUAUUCUAACUGAUUGUAAGUCACUCAAAGAGUUGCCUAAAUCCAUUGGUGAUCUAAAAGAAUCUUUGAUUGAGCUUUCUUUGGAAAGAACAAAUAUUAAAGCCCUACCUGAUGGUGUUGGACUGUUAAAGAAGCUGGAGGUGUUGAAUCUUUAUGGAAACUGUGCACUAAUGUAUCUACCAGAGUCAAUGGAGAAUAUGACAUCUCUGCGAAACUUUCAACUUAGUGGACAUGACAAGCUUUUUUGCAUUCCAAAGCUGCCCUCUAGUUUAAUUAUGUUUCAUAUUUUGUACAAAAUUUUUGAAAGUUUACCAGACAUGCAGAACUUGAAAAACUUGGAAGAAUUGUGGCUUGGAGGUUUUUGUGUAAAGAUGGAGCAAUUUAAAGGCUUCGUGAAGACAAAUAACAAUGAAUAUAGUGAACUGAUGAGUGAAGUGGAUAGACGCUGCAUGGUAACAAAUCAUCAUUCGUGGCAGACAAAAGGCCAACAGGGAUCAUUUCUUUGGGGUAACAUUGAAAGUUGGAGGCAGAUUUGGAUACCUUUGCAGCAACACAAUACAGAUGAAGAAGGUUCUAACUACUACCUGAUUCCUAAUUAUUAUGAUAUUUGUAGCUACAGGUUAAUUAUGCAUGUUUCUUUGAGUGUCCAUGAGGAGUUAACAAAGUAUUAUAAACAAGAUAUAAGGCUGAGGUUUUUAUCUUGUGUCCAUAGCGAAGAUAAAAAAACUGAUUGUGAACUUGCGUUGGCAAUUGAGGGGCUCAGUAAAUUCACACCUGGAGAUCAUAUAGAAUACAUUCAUGAAUUCAAAGGGUUUGAUUGGUUUGGGGUUCAGCUUGAAGGCAGAGAUUCUAUUGAGAUAUCAGAUGUAAUUGUUAAUUAUACUUUUUGGGGAAAGGUGAGUAGGGUGAAUCUCUUCCUGAUGAAAGAAGGGCCAAUGUUUGAUAAUCAAUUCAGUUCAUGCCCUUAUGGUGAGGGACCUCUUGAGAUUGUAAGAUAUAAUUGAUUAUGAUGAUGAUGAUCUACAAUGGAAUGAGUCGCCUAGGUUGAGAUCGAGCCUCAGAGUAGAGCUAAUUGGCCUGCGAUUUGGAACCAACCACGAAAUGUGGAAACAAAGAUUCAAUCAAAUCCCUCCAUGACGAGCUUCAAACUCCAUUGUUGACGUAGAAAAAGAAGAGCCAUGCAUAGCCUGUGCAGCCCCACCAUGGUCAAAGGACGAAGCCCAUGGCGGCCCAUCAGAAUACACAACUAUGAGCACCGGACAAACCCUGAGAAGACGAAAAUGAAGAUGGUGAAGGUAGGGGUGUCAAUUGAUUGGUUUGUUCUGAGUUUGAGUCAG